UAACAGAAGAGGCGGGAUUAGUUACAAAACAGAACAAACGCGGGAGUUGUCAUAACACUAUGAUGUCAGAUGAAAGUGUAUUAAAUGUUCCUGCUUGCAUUGACUUGGAUGCAGAAAUUAGUGGUAAAAGUUUAAAGACGGAGCUUAUUUUACUGGAGAGUACACCACCUCAGGUUCCUAGGAUGGAUGAAGUGGUGCGUCGAUCGUCCAGAAUUGAAGAAAAGCAAAAACAAGAGAAGAAAAAUAUUUUAUCCCCUAAAUCUCUGACAUUUUGCUGUGAGGUGAAAAACACAAGAAGAGCAGUCAAAAGACUGAGAAGUGACCCUGAGGAAAAUUUCAAAAAGGCAAAAGCAAACUCAAAAAAUAUGUGUUUUGAUGGCCAGGAAACAAAAUCCCUUCCAGGUUAUCGUGAUGGUUUGUCUGAGUAUGAGCUGGAGCGACUGGAGAAUAUCAGACAGAAUCAGGCCUUCCUCAGUUCCCUUAAACUGCCUCAGAUCUCCAAAUCUCUGAGACCAAAACCUUACCAGAAAGGCUUGAAAAAGGAAAAGACAGGAACAGAGAUGCUUCCGGUUCGCAAGUCAGUGAGGUUACAGAAUAAGGAUGCAGAGAUGCCUCUUGCUGUAAAUAUGACUUACACUAUCACUGAAAAGCCUGCUGCUGAAAAAUGGGUUGCCAAACCCCCAGGACCAAUACCACUGUAUCCAGUCAACUUGGAUGAACAUGUCGAGCUACCUGAAGAUUUGUUUCAACUCUUCAACUGGAAUGAGAGCCCAUUGGAACAAGAGAGAGAAACAUCUGGUUUAAAAUCGUACCAAGAAGUGCUUCAGAAGAUGUCUUUAGACAACAGUUGUGUGGCAAAAGUUGUGAAAGAGCGUAUCUUUUCAGCAGUUUUUCACCCCUCCUCUUCCAACUUGUUCAUGGCAGCAGGAGACAAGUUUGGCAACCUGGGAUUAUGGAACAUGGGUGCUGCAUGGGGUGAUGAUGGUGUCCUCCUCUUUGAACCACACUCUAGACCAAUUACCUGCAUGGCAUUCUCAUCUCACUCUUCCAACCUCAUCACAGUCAGCUAUGACGGCUCUGCACGCUGCAUGGACUUGGAGAAGGCUGUGUUUGAUGAGGUUUAUCGCUCAAACUCUGCCCUGAGAAGUUUUGACUUUUUGUCAAGUGACUGCUCCACUUUACUACUCAGUAACUGGGAUGGAGAUGUUGCUAUUGUUGACCGUAGGACUCCAGGGACCUCAUAUGAGUCGCUGUACACCAUAGAUCCAAAGGCCCUGCGCUGUGUUCAUGUCCAUCCUGUGAAACAGCAAUACUUUGUAGUUGCGGAAAGCAGUUCAGUGAACAUCUAUGACUUGCGCAGUCUGAAAAGAAGGAACAACCAGGCAGUCUCUCAACUCAACGGUCACUUUCGCAGUAUCUCCAGUGCUUUUUUCUCCCCAUUAACAGGCAACAGAGUUCUGACCACCUGCAUGGACAACAAAAUCAGGGUAUUCGACACUUCCCAGAUGGUUGACCAUGCUCCUCUGCUACACUCCAUUAGUCACGAUAUGUGGACAGGUCGGUGGUUGUCCAAGCUUAGUGCAGUGUGGGACCCCAAGCAGGAAGACUGUUUUGUGAUUGGCAGUAUGGCCAGGCCUCGCCAAAUUCAGGUGUAUCAUGAGAGUUGUCGUCUCCUUCAUUCUUUUAAAAAUGAGGAGCACCUGACCACCGUGUGCUCCAUCACAGCAUUCCACCCAAGCAGAAAUGCUUUGCUUGGAGGCAAUUCAACUGGGAGGCUGCAUGUUUUUUCUGACCAACAUUAGGACCAAGAUCAAUUUGUUGAUUAAUUUAGUGCUCUGUUAAUGUUCUGUCACCCCUUUUCUUUUAACAAAUAAAUGUUGUGUUUUUAUAUUUUUAUGUGAAAUAUACUAUGUUUUGUUGAUUUUGUACUAUCUGGUAACAUUAAACAUGUAAUAAUAUUAAAGGAGAGGAUAUAAAUACCACAACUAAUAUAGUUUAUUUUUUCUAU